GGGUAGUGAAAACUUAGUAGGUCCAAAUACUUUUGUACUAGCUUAUUUUAUUGUUAAACAAGGAUGGUUUAAAUCUUCCAACUUACAAGAAGUAUACUGUGUGGAACUAAUGUCAAGAAAUCUGAAGGAUAUUUGUCGAAAAAUAGUGGCAGUUGGACGAAACUAUGCGUAGUCAUGAGGUUACUUAAUGCCUAUAAUUAGAGACCAUGCAAAAGAAUUGGGAAAUAAAAUUGAAUCUUCUCCUGUUAUUUUUUUAAAGCCUUCUAGUUGCAUCAUUGAUGGGGGAAAAAUUAAAUUUCCAAAUGGGACCGACGAAAUCCAUCAUGAAGUCGAACUUGGUUUGGUCAUUGGGAAAUCACUGGCAAAUGUUAAAGCAGAAGAAGUUUAUUCGGCUAUAUUAGGUUAUGUGGUUGCGCUAGAUCUAACUGACCGAUCACUUCAGAAUCAACUAAAAGCAAGCGGACUCCCAUGGACGUUGGCUAAAUGUUUCGACACAGCUUGCCCUGUGGGGUCGAUUCUUCCUUUGGAUUCACUGCCGGCCGGUAUUUUAACGUCUCGUCAGGAAUUCCAAAACGUAAAUAACGAGAUUUGGUUAAAGGUAAACCAGGUGGAACGACAACGAUCAAAAUUGAAUAUGAUGGUCUGGACACCAGCAGAUUUAGUAUCGAUAAUUACCAAAAGAAUUUCACUACAAUAUGGAGACCUAAUUUUAACCGGUACACCUGCUGGUGUAGGACCUCUGAGAUCUGGUGAUGAAAUCGAAGCUGGAUUAGAUGAUUUAUGUUCUAUAAAAUUUAGCGUAGAAUGACUAUAUUUUUACUGAAGUUGAUUGUCUUCGUAAAAUUACUUCAUGCUUAACUGUAUGUUCGCAAGACAUUAAAACUUCAACGCACCUUUACAUUAUGGUUGUUACUGUGUUAAGAUUAUACCUUUGUCACUGGAAAACGUCUUUUUAGCUGUAUUAUCAGUGUCUCGACUAAGUACACCUGUUUUCAGUUACUUUCUUCAGUUUUAUUACAUUCUCCUACUUUGCCUUAACAAAAUAUAUGUCUAUAGAUAGCUGAUGAGUAAUUCCUAAUAUGAAGCCUUUUUAUGUUUUUGAAAGAUAUGUCUUGGCUUUCUCUGUACAACAAAAACAACAACUUAACAGACCUUUCCAG